UAUGGUGACCAUUCUUUUUUUUUUUACAACAUCAUAUAAAGUUUAUAUUUGAACAUGUUGAAAAGUUUCAGGACAUUGUUUCCAAUCCAUAUUUGUUAUUUCCUUACAGGAAAUGUAUUAUUUAGUUGAGCGAAAAUAAAGACUAACGCAUGAACUUUUUUUUUUUUUUUACACUGUUGUUCCUGCUUAUUAAUAUUACAGACAGAAUUCAUGAAGUCAGCUUAGCGCUUUUCAGUACUUUGAUUAUACGAUCUCCACGGGUGGAUCCAGGAAUUACGGUUACGGGGGGCGCCACUUUAUGAGGCAGGGGGUCUGGGGCCGCCUUGAGGCUCCCAGUGAGUCGAGGGCGAAGCUCUGGUGGGGGCCCAGGGGGCGAAGCCCCCGAAAGCUCCUGGAUUUUACAGAUUUUAUAGGGCUUGAAAUAUGUCUCCUAUUUAUAGUCAUUUGAACUAUUUUCUAUAAUUUUUUAUAAGGUAAAAUUGUUAAAAUGACGCAAAUUUUAAGGGUUUUGGGGGAAAAUUAAGUUCUCCCAAUAAAGUAAUUCAAGAAAUCAAAAGAUUUUGCCAUUUAAUUCUCCGGGAAAGAAAGAAAUUAUUGCUUUUUUAAAAUAAUUUAUUACAUUUUUUCUAAACAAGAUACCAAGAUUUACCUUAAAUUUGAAAAUUUUAGGGGGGGGGGGGGCUCCCCCCCCCCCUUAAAUUCCGUCACUGAUCUCACGGUGGGUAUCAGGGACUAACUUUUUAGACAAGGCAGUCUUCUUGUGUAUUCGAAAUACACAUACACCGUACGUGCCACGCCGUGUCCACGGACCAUUUUACACCGUGUGUUGGGGAAUACUCGUGGUCUCUACUGUAGAUUUUAUUAUCAACAUUAUUGUAUUCACCCGUAAAAUUACUAACUGAACCUAACAUGUAUACAUUAACUACGCAAAUAAUAUAUCAGUUUACAGCAUACAGUACCUGGCCAUGAGUCAUAAUUGUUUAUUUUUUCACUAAAUAUAUUUCAUUGGAAAAAUGCCUUUUUGAAUAAGCUUAGUGUAGUACUAGUAUCACUUAAAUUGCAGCUAAUUUUUAUAGAUAUACUAACAAAAAAUACACAAUUGUUUGUAGAUUCUUCACAUGAUUUCAAAGUGAUUUUUAAUAUCUAUAAGUUUUGCGGUGAAAUCACAUGUCAAAUGCUAAAUUGAAAUUUUACGGCACAAAGUUAAGAAAUCAUUAUAUUUCGAGGUUAAAAAGUUUGCCUUGAUGAUUUCAAAAACUAUUCUCAAUUAUCAUGGUAUCACAAUUUGCUUAGCACCAUAUAUGGAAAAGAAAAUUUGAACAAUUUUGCAUAUAUUUUAUAAUCUUUUCUAACACUAGGCCUACCUCUCAAAAGCUUACACUCGAACAGCUUCCAUUCAACAAACAACAAUAGCAUAAAUUCGAUACAUAUCUAUAUUAACAAAAACAACAUCACAUUGUCGGUAUUUUGUCGCUUACGAACUUGGGCCGAAACGACUAGGUAUCUGAGGCCGAAACGACAAUAGACCGAAAAAACUUGAGGCCGAACGAACCUACGGCCGAACUGUAAAAAGGCCGAAACAACUUGCAUCGCAUUGAAAUCCUGGAUCCUCCCAUGCGAAGUAAGUAGAACACUGUGCAACGCAAUAUUCCGGAAAUAAUUCUUCCAUCUUUAUCUGUUAUGUUUCUUCUCUAACUUCCGAUAUCGCUGUCAUCGUGUAUCCGUAUGUUUAACUUUAGUUGGGAAGUAAAGACUGAGAAGUAUUUACUGACGUCGAAUAAAAUUGUGGACAUUGAUCUCAGUGAACGUCAUGUUGAAAUUACGGAGUAAUGUAAAGGACACAGUAGGCCGGUGUUUUGUCAUUCUGAUAUUGGUAGGGGUAAUCUAUGGUAGCGAUCAUCCGAAAGUUCUGUUAGUCUCCUAUGACGGAUUCCGAUGGGACUACCUCAACAAAAUUUCUAAUCCUGUAAACUUUGACCGCAUCAUAAACAAAGGAGUAUCCGCGACAAAAGGACUAAAGAACGCUUACAUAACAAAGACACUACCCAAUCACUACACGCUUGUCACGGGAUUGUAUGAGGAGAGCCACGGACUGAUAGCCAAUGAAAUGUAUGACCCGGUGUUUAAUGAAAGUUUCUCCUUGGAGAAAUCAGAAGACGUUAUCAAGUCUAAAUGGUUCGGUGGUGAACCCAUCUGGGUAACGAAUCAAAAACAGUCGACCUCAUCGUCCCCGCGUAGGAGCGGAUCCAUGUUUUGGCCGGGGUCAAUGGCUAGUGUUCAUGGCUACCUACCCACGAAAUAUUUCCCAUACAAUCCGUCGAUAAAGUUAGAAGAACGAAUUGACAUCAUAAUAUCAUGGUUUCUGGAUAAAGAUCCCAUAAAUUUAGGAUUGUUGUACUAUGAGCAUCCUGAUCACGAAGGCCAUGAAUUCGGCCCUGACAGUGAAAACAUGACAGCUGCAUUGGAAUAUUUAGAUAAGGCAACAGGGUAUCUUCUACACAGCUUACAGGAAAAAAAGUUACUCGAUAAAGUGAAUUUGAUAUUAACCAGUGAUCAUGGUAUGAUGUCCACACCAAAAAAUAAAUUGAUUAUUCUAGAGGAUUACAUUAAGGGAGACCUGUAUGAAAAGUUAGUCAUGAACAGUCCAAUAGUUCAUAUUCUACAAAGAAAUGUGACAGCCCAGAACAUAAUUAUCAGCAAGUUACAGAAUGUUCCACAUCUGAAAGUCUACAAAAGAUCCGAAAUUCCAACACAGUACCAUUAUUCCAAAAAUCGUCGAAUUUUAUCUAUCAUACUGGAAGCUGAGAGAGGAUACUCCAUUGUAGAAACUCGUGCCAUGGCAGAUAAAUUCAACACGAAGGGCAAUCACGGCUACAACAACAGUAUCCCGGAGAUGCACCCGUUCUUUAUGGCCAUGGGACCAGCAUUCAAGUCUAACUACAAAGUAGAGACCUUCAAUAAUGUAGACAUAUACCCCCUGAUUUGUCAGAUUCUUGGCAUCAAACCAGCACCAAAUAAUGGCUCACUAGAUAUAGUGCAGGGUUUACUACAGAAGAGACAGCCAGAAAAGGAUCUCCCCGACAACACCUUUGCGAUCUAUCUGGUGUUAUUAGUGAUUGUUGGAUUGUUUGGAGGAAUUUUCACCAUAGGUGCCUGUCGUCAACAGAGAUUUCACAAACAUCGUGAACUACAGAGGCCUCCCAACAGGUCCUGGGGCUCGUACACGCCCACAAGUCUCGUCAACAACGGCCCGACCCUGCCACUGCUCAGCUCCGACACGGAAAACGAGUUCUGAAAAUCCCUUUCUCUUCUCAUGUGGUGCUUAAACAAGAUCUGGACCGCCACAAAUUUUUUUUCAAAACACAAGAUACAUAGUACUAUUACGUUUCAUUUCCAUGUAGUAUAUUUGGUUGACCAGCAACUUGGCUACUUUAGUUUUAAUUUAUAGUCCCAUCACAAAGGGAUACAUAUCAUAAGGGAUUAAAUGUCUCCAAUGCUAUCAACUCGUACACUUCUUUGUACUUCUCUGUAACAUUGCAUAUAGAGUUAUCUCCCUUUAUGUCCACGUUUUGUGGGCUUUGUUUACAGCGAGGUCGUGCUCAUCAGUUUCACAGAUUAACACCUUCAGCUUGCUCAUCAAUGUUGGAGAAUGUCAUUGUCAAUAAAGAUAGGCAUAAAUAUUUCAUUUUCAAUCAUUCGCUAGUCUUCAAAUUCAUGUAGAUAUGAUAAAUUCUAGAUAAUGUCAUUAGUAAUCUACAGACAACUUUAUAGAUUUCUUUCAUAAAUAUCAAUGAUUAAUAUUUUUUACUCCUAUGUAAAAUACAUUGUCUUUUCAGUCUUGUUUUCUUUAAAUGCACAGAAUACCAAACAGAGAAAUCCUCUCCUUUCUGCACUCCCGGUACUUUGAUUGUAAAGUUCAAUAUUGCCACUGAUAGUUCAGAUGUUUCAUUCCUAUUUAAGGAAUUUAUUUUACUAUUGUACAGUUUUUCAGCUUUAAUAGUGCUUGAAAUAUAUUGUUCUAAGGGUUUUAUAGCUAUAUUACAAUCCAUUUUGAUUGAAUUUUGCAUAAUUAUGUGGUGUGCCAUGUUUAUCGGUGAUUAGAUUUUGUUGUUGGUGCCUUGUUACUGUGUAUGGAACAUAAGUAAUACUCAUGUUGAUCUUAAAUUAGUUCUGUAUAUAUAUUGUGAUAUGUUUGCCGCAUUUCAUUUUCACCCCCGGAGGGUCUCCGUGGCCGAGUGGUUAGAGCAUCGCGCUCAAAAUCACAAGGCCUCUCACCUCUGGUCAGCGCGGGUUUGAAUUCCGCUUGCGCCGGUAAGUAAGAAAGUUUCCCAGUUUACUUUCUGACGGUCGGUGGUCACUUCCCAGGUACAUUGUUUCUGCAUUCUCUCUUCCACCAACAAAAACUGGGCGCCACCAGAUAACUGAAAAAUUAUUGAGUGUGGCGAAAAACAUCAAAACAAUUUCCACCUCUGUCAGUGGAGGAAUUUAAAAUUGGGCAAAUUAUAAGAGUGUAAUCUCUGUUUUAACAUGAGUUUGUUUGAGUGAAUUUAAAAUGGGGGAGAACCAUUCGCAAGUGAAGAGGGGCAAAGGAAAAAAACAUAUGGGGCCAAAAAUAACCUGUAUAAAGUAAGCAGGUAGAGAAAUAGUGACCUAUCUCUGGAUUCAACAUUCCGGCUGUUGAUGGUGUGUAUUUUUAUAACUUAAUGUUACAGAUGGAUCUUUUAGGGUUUGUCUGCCUGUUCUGUCAACAACUUUUAUCGGUUCUCAUGACAGACUUCAUAUUUGGUGAACGGAAAGCGAAAGCUGUAUGACAGAUGAGAGUGAAAGUCAUGUAAGGAUAAAAAAUGUCAGUUUACCACCAAAAAAACCCACGACCAAUGUUGGGUACAUACGGAGUGGUGUUUUUUGUUUUACAUUGUAGGGAACAUUCCUAAACCUUAUAGAGCAUUCCUUUAGAGUUUUACCAAAGAUCUUUUUUUUUUAAUUGUGGAAAUCGGAGGAUUUCUAGUGUAUUGAAAUAAGAAUCUCGGACCCGAUUCACAACCAUGCCAAGUUCGUAAUAUUAACACACAUACAGGCAUCAUUCCUUGUUCAAACUAAGAAAAUUUAUACGCAACAUUGUUCAGUACUGUAAAGGCAUAAUGUACUAUACCAUGAUGUAUGUUUUAUUACACGAGACAUUGUCCAGUACUGUACAGGCCUUGUGUACUAUAUAAUGUACGUUUUCUUUACUCUAUUGUGGGGUGACUAGUCCUGAAGAAUGUGGAGUUGAUUUUCAGGCAUUAAAUCCACUCAAUGUACAAUGACGGGUGAUCAGAAAUAUUUUUCAGGUUGUCAUUUUAAUGCUUUGUUGUUAUUUUUUAAUUUGUAAUACCUGGUAUAUUGAAAUGAAUUUGCCUAUAUUUUAUUUUUGCACAAAUCUAGUUUAUUUAUUGUCAGCUCAUAUGCAGCACACUAUUGUUCAUGUACACAUUUGCCUUCCUUGUUCAGGGGUUGGUGUUUUUUUCUUCAAUAUGAUAUAAGAUAUAAUAUUCAAUAUAAUAUAAUAUUCAAUAUAAUAUAAGAUUUGAAACAUUUGUUAAAAAAAAAGGAAAAAUAAUAGAAAUAAAUUUUUUUAAAAUAUCA